GGAUCAGCUCGUUAUUGGGUAUUGAAAUUUUUGAGAUUUUCAGUUUUAGAUUUUUUCCGUUCAGUUUCGACAUUUUUUUGGUUCGGUUUAGAAUUUUCGGUUUUUUGUUUUUUCCAUCCCUGGACACUCCAGGACAUCGCUGUCCAAAAGCUAAGCUGAGCUCAUCAGCUCAGUCUUGCUUGCCUAUUCCCAUUCCCACUCUCCCAGACUCAAGCUCCAACCUCCAUUCCUCCGAACCCACUGAUUUCUCCUCUCCUUCUUUGCAUUUUCGGGGCUCCAACCCCUGAAUCCCAGGAGAAGGUUGAGAAUGUACUCUUCUAUCCAUUCUCUGCCGCUGGAUGGGAGUGCUGGUGGGCAUGAAAACUAUGGUGGGUCGUUGGACGGUUCCAACCUGCCGGGUGAUGGUUGCUUGGUUCUGACUACCGAUCCAAAGCCCCGGCUCCGGUGGACGGCGGAGCUCCAUGAUAGGUUUGUGGAUGCUGUGACUCAACUUGGUGGCCCUGACAAAGCAACACCUAAGACCAUUAUGAGAACAAUGGGAGUUAAAGGCCUUACCCUUUAUCACUUGAAAUCGCAUCUUCAGAAAUAUCGAUUGGGGAAGCAAUCAUGCAAAGAUUCAGCUGAAAUCUCCAAGGAUGGGAUUGCAGCUUCUUGUAUUGCUGAUAGCCAGGACACUGGUUCAUCCUCGGCAACCUCAUCAAGAGUGAUUGCGGAAGAUUUGAAUGAUGGCUUCCAGGUUACUGAGGCUUUGCGAGUACAAAUGGAAGUCCAACGGAGACUGCAUGAGCAGCUGGAGGUGCAGUGUCGUCUUCAACUUCGAAUUGAAGCACAGAGCAAGUAUCUUCAGUCUAUACUUGAGAAAGCUUGUAAGGCUCUGAAAGACCAGGCUGCCUCGGCCACUGGGCUUGAAGCUGCUAAGGAGGAACUCUCUGAACUAGCUAUUAGGGUUUCCAAUGACUCUGAAGGGAUAGUCCUACUUCAUUCUGCAAAAAUGCCUUCAUUGUCGGAACUUGCUGCCACUCUAGAGAACAGAGAUGCCUCCAAUGUAAUGGUUUGCCUCGGCAACUGCUCUGUUGAUAGCUGCUUGACAUCAACCGGAAGCCCUGUUUUGCCAAUGGAUAUGAGUUCACUGGCUGCUGCUAUGAAGAAAAGACAAAGGCCCUUCUUCGGUAACGGAGACUCGUUGCCUUUGGAGAGCAACAUGAGGCAGGAAGUCGAAUGGAUCAUGAGUAAUACUGGAUGAGUCGCAAGACAUUCCUUUAGAAAAGAAGCCUUUUCAUUUUAUUGUUCUUGUCUAGCAAAUCUAAAAUGCACCAUCUUUUGCUAAAUGCACCAUCUGUGGUCUGUAAAGCAGAUUGUUUGCAUAUGAGCUCUGGGGAUACCAUUUAACAGGGACCAACUUGUGUGGCACCAGUACGGUACACCGCCAGUGUUCCCCCGGGCUAUACAAGUCAUUCUCCUUUUUACACA